GGCCCUCCCUCCAGGCCCCCCCUCCUCCCUCCUUCCUUCCUUCCCUUCCUCCCUCUCUCCCUCCCUCCUAGCUCCUCCACCAGGAAACAACCGGAUCCGGAUCCUGGCUGCGGCCUGACCCGGCUACACUCUGGCCGGGAGGAUGAAAGGCCUCAGCUGGUUGCUGCCGGCCACCAGCACUGGGUCCUAAGAGCUGCCAUCCAGGCUGGCCGCCCGGAUGGCGACCCCAGCCUCAGCCCCAGACACACGGGCUCUAGUGGCUGACUUUGUAGGCUAUAAGCUGAGGCAGAAGGGUUAUGUCUGUGGAGCUGGCCCAGGGGAGGGCCCAGCAGCUGACCCGCUGCACCAAGCCAUGCGGGCAGCUGGAGACGAGUUUGAGACGCGCUUCCGGCGCACCUUCUCUGACCUGGCCGCUCAGCUACACGUGACCCCAGGCUCAGCCCAGCAACGCUUCACCCAGGUUUCCGACGAACUCUUCCAAGGGGGCCCCAACUGGGGCCGCCUUGUGGCAUUCUUUGUCUUUGGGGCUGCCCUGUGUGCUGAAAGUGUCAACAAAGAAAUGGAGCCUCUGGUGGGACAAGUGCAGGAUUGGAUGGUGGCCUACCUGGAGACACGCCUGGCUGACUGGAUCCACAGCAGUGGGGGCUGGGCGGAGUUCACAGCUCUGUACGGGGACGGGGCCCUGGAGGAGGCACGGCGUCUGCGGGAGGGGAACUGGGCAUCAGUGAGGACAGUGCUGACCGGGGCUGUGGCACUGGGGGCCCUGGUUACUGUAGGGGCCUUUUUUGCUAGCAAGUGAGAAAGUCUAGGGCCAGGUGGGGCUAGGUGCAGCUAGGGGCCAGGAGAGCUGGAACAGAACAGAGAAUGCCCUUGGAAGAAAUGGGAUGGUCAUGGAUCAGAGAAGGGCAGGGGAAGGUAGUGUGUGAGGGAGCCAAGCAUGCCAGGCAGAUGGCAAGAAGAAACAUUAAAGAAUGUUUCAAGGCCAGGAGCCUGGGAGAUGGAGUUAUCCCAGGGCUUGGGGGGAGGUGGGAGGGAUCUUGCCCAUAGCGGGGGCACACAGGCUCCAAGGAAGGUGAACUUAUUUAAAGAAUUGUGUCCCUGUUAGAUGAAUGGGGUGGGUUUAAGGAACCUAGAAUUCACCUCCCUUUGGAAUGGAAGCUUGGUGGUUAGGUGACUGGAUGAAAUGGCUGUGGCUGCGGGCUGCAUGGGCACACGUGUGCAUGUUGGACAUGCACGCAUGCUCAUGUGCAUGCUGGGCUGUUUGUUGAAUCUGGUGAUGGGAUAUUUAGAGAAAACAUUCCUUCUUGCAGUGGUAAGAACAAGGGCCAGUUUGAUGCCCUUCUCCCCUCUGUCCCUGCCCUUGACCUUACGCCUCCAGGCUGAGGGAGGACUCUUGUAUGUAGAUGAGGGCCCUGGCACUGCUCAGAGUUGUUGGCAAGGCUUUGGAGAGAAGAAUUCUGCCACUGGCCGCCUUCAUCGUCCUCUUUGUAUGCAUCUUUGUCAGGGGCUGACAGAGGGUAAGGCUGUGGAGCCUGGGUGGGUAGAAGCUUUGGUAAUUGGACCUGCCUGCCACCUUCCCCUCCAGUGGGGGCACAAUGGUGCCUAAAGGGUUGCCUAUUUCUAGGACCUCUCUAUCCAGCAGCAGCUCUAAAUUGGGGCUCUAAUUUUCCUUCAGAGGAUGUGGACAUAAAUGCUGAACUAGAAUUCAGAUUGAUUGGGUCCUGAACUGUCUCAGUGAGACUACCAAUGCCUUGAGAGGACCAUUCCAGCUCUGAGCCCCCUGGGUGUGAUGGUGACAGAUACUCCUUGACCGGCCUGUUCUGUGUGGUGGGUUUUGGUGCUGCUGUAUCAAGGGCCAGGUAUAUGCCAUGACCUAAACACAUUUAUGAUGUUUCCUUUGAAGCCAUGCUCUUUGCAUAGCUAUUAUUGUCAAUACUGAGUCUCUGAAGAUGCUCACAGUAGAACUCACAGCCCAGUCCUCUCGAACAAACCCAGACUAGAGCCUUUUCUUUUGAGGGACAAAUACUCACUCCAAAUGCAUGCCCUGAGCCAGACCUCACUGCUGCACUUUCUGAGAUGCUAACAUUGCUGCUGCUCCAUACUGACUUCGUUCACAGUGCUCUAGAGCCCUACCUGUGAUCCUGAGCACUGACCAGCUUAGCUAGACCACAGCUAGACGACAACUUCUCACUUGGUCCUAGAAUGUGGCAUCAUAUUGUGCUUGCUAGAAUGUGGGACCACAUUGGCCUCGGGUGUUUAGUCCAGACUUUUGCUUUGGAGAGGGUUGCACUUUUUAAAAGUGACUAUGGGGGAUGUGAUAGACUGCAUGUGCCAGUUGGUCUGUUUCGAGUGUGCUGAUCUAAGAAACUCAGAGCUAUCUGUAGCAAGCAGUUGGAGUGGGAGGCUCUGCCUCGCUCAGGACAGACUAGGCCAGUGGUUUUCAAACUGCUUGGCAGGGCCCCGAAGUGUUCUGGGGUGCCUCAGGAGUCCUUAAGGAGGUGAGGGAGUGGAGGGCUGCACAGGCUGGGCGAUGUGCCCUCAGGCAGAACACCUCCCCUUGUAGCUGUCUUACGUAUCGGGGUUCAGGGUAAGAUUUUUAUUUGUGGUAAGGGCUUUGCUGCUGAAAAAAGUUGGAAAACCACUGACUAGACCAUCGGCUCCAACUGGAGCCUGUGCUCCUUCAAGUUCAGGGAAGACUCCGCUCCGCCCUUCCCACAGGACACCUGCCCGAGUUAGCAUUCCUGGAGGCCUUUGGCCAACAGGAGCAGCGGGAACCAUGGUCAGGUUACCACCGUGCUCUGCUCUCACACCUUCACACAGGGUGGAAGGAGAGGCUGUGUUAUGAGAGGGUAAUGGGCUUGGUCAGGAUUCCCAGAAGCUUAGCUGAGGGACCACAGUGGGGAGUUGUGACCUCUUCUGCCCUUUGUUUAAGGGCCAGUGGGAACCCAGAGACUCUCCUGUCAGGGAAAACCAGGGACUGUCUUUAGAGCCAUAUAGUUCCUUUGGAUUAACUCUUGGCCAAGAGGGCUGAGUAUGGCUCCCAAUUUCUAAAUCCAUUUCAUUUUUUUUUUAAAUGAGGGAAAUGGAUAUAAUUUUUCAAAGACUAAAUAGGUGGAGAGGAUGUUCUUGCUCUCCAAAGCCCAAAGGGACAAAUAGGGACUUUGCUUUAUAGGCCAAGGAAAGAUCGGAAGUGGGGCGACUCAGCCCUGCAACUGUUAACCCCACUCCCCACUUACACUAUUUUACUUUUUUAAAUCACGAACGGCAGGAGAACAGAUUUGGUUAGUUUAGAAGAGAAAACGCUCUAUAAAUAUAAAUAUAUAUUCCUGUAUUUUUAUUUAAUAAUUUAUAAAUGCCAAGUUCAUUUGACUUUUAUUUUUGUGUAAUAUGUAAUGGUCGUAUUAAAAAUAAAUAAAUAAAGCCCAGAAAUUUAAUGAGAAGUA